AUGGAUAAGUUUGACUUUUUUGGUGAUUUGCCUGUUAAUAAGCUUCCCUUACCCCAGAUUCCUGAUUCUAUUACACCAAAGUCUCAACCUCCGAAGCAAUCUUCUUCACUUAAAUUGGUUCUUCCACCAGACAUUCUACUUAGAAUCCUUAGAUAUCUCCCGAUCACUUCUCUUUCGAGCUUCGCGUGCGCUUGUCGUAGAUUCAAGGUUCUAGUUUAUGAUGAUGAGCUGUGGGAACAACAUUUAAAAACAUUAUGCGCGCAUAAAGAAUAUGAUGCAAAUGAUAUUACGGACGCUCCUCUAGAUAGUCUUUUCGUAAAUUCAAAAUUAACCGGAAGAACAAAUAAUGAUAAUGCAAUUGACGGGGCCGUAAAUUUCGACGUUGAUUCCUUGGUUUCCACGCAGACGUCACCUAUAACGCCAAAUGAAACUAAUUCCACAGGAAAUUUGUUGGAAUUUGCAAUAACGAAAGCGAGAUCUCAAAAAGCAUUGAGCUUGAUACCAGGGCUACCUCUUGACUCUUUUUCUCAAAAACCUCGGUCUGCGUCUACUGGAAUUGCAAGAGCCAUCUUUAAAAGAAUUUACACAGAUCUGUUGCCAUAUUACAUAGAUUUUAGAAACAGAAAGAAUGAUAGUCGAUUAUUCAAGGAAUAUGCUGACCCGACAGAACAGGCAAAGAUGUUGAAAAGGUUAAUGAAUUUUAGCAAGUUAAAUAUUAGUUUAGACUCGGAUCAGAUUUACGAUGCUCUUGCGACUACCAUUGAAUAUUUUGAAAAUGCUUCACUUCUCCGUUUCGAAUUAGCAUAUGAUGCGCAGAAUCCAAUUGAAAUGAAGAAAUGGGCAAAUAUUCUUCUAGAAUUGAAUGGGGGUGUGUCUUGCAUUCCGGCAUUUAUACAAAAGAAUUCUAUUUUCUUUGAUCACUUGUUUGAUCCCAUGGACAAUUUUAUACAAACAUCAUCGUCUUCUGGAAGCGAAUUGAGUUUCACACCCAUUUCAGAUUUCUUUGGUUACUUGGAAGAAGAUUUCAAAAAGCAAGCGAGCUUGAUAGAUCAAGUAUUUCUACCGGAAUCAGAUGUUUUCUAUGCAUUUGUCGAAAAAGUGGUCGAGGAUGUUAUUACGGAUUAUAUUUCAACCCUUCUGGUAGAGGCUCGAAGUCGUGAUAUUAUCAUUUAUUUUAGGGCAGUAAGAGCAGCAUAUCUUAAUUGUAAACAUAUUUCUGAAGUCCUGUGGAAACAAGCAGAACCAGGCUUAAGUAAAAUAAGGGCUGAAGAUGUAAUUUACCGAAUGUUUGAACCAAUGAUGAACUCCUAUCUAAAUGAUGAACUUACGAUGGUAAAAAUGUUAAAUGACGAAGAGGUUGAUAAGUGGAAUCAAAAGGUAUCACUUCGUGGGAAAUUGUUAAAUAAAACAAUAUCGGAACAACAAUCUCUCCUCAACAAUUAUAACCGGGAAGUGUACAAACGUAAUUACCUUUCAUCCUUUCGGAAAAUUUUGAAGUUACCCACCACAAAAUCAAGAAAUUCAAGUUCGGUUUCAUUUUCGCAGACCAGUUUUGCUUCGGAUAAAAGAAGCAGCGUUGCUAGUUUGCAAAAAUAUAAUAAUCAUAGCAGUGACACAGAUACACAAUUAACAUCAAACAGCGUUAAAUCAAAUAAACUUCAACAACUACUUAGUCUAGAAACUGCUUUACAAAUGAUCCACACGAAUAGGGAAUCUCUGAAUAGAAUCGGUGUAUUCGUGGGAUAUCCUGGCGAGAUGGGUCAUAAGAUAUACCGUUCAUACUGUGUUUAUUACUCUUCUCCGGACGCUGGGUACCGAACAUAUCAAACCAGGAUUUUGCACGUAAGCGUUAUCAUUCCUACCGAUCCCGGUAGAAUCUCCUUCACUGACCAAUGUUACUUUACCAACAGUGCCAUAAAACGCCUUGAUGAUCAAAAAUCCAAUCCAGAAGUUACUUCAAGAGGCUUGACACCCUUGGUUGAGCUCUUUGAACUUGUCCAUAUAGCGGACUUGAUGCACCAAAUGGUGCAAGUUUAUUAUGAUGAAGAAAUGAAACAAUAUGUCGAUAAAUCAGAUUUUUUGAACGUUUGUAAUAAGGAGAAAAAAGCUUUUGAACGGGUUUUGGACGAAUGCGUCGCUGAUAGUUUGAACAAAGUCAUUCAGAUUCUAAUGGAUCAUUUGGAAUUUACACUGUCAGCAAAACAACAACCUGAAGAUUUCAGGCCACCAGCUGAUGCGUCGCUGGAUUUAAUACCUACCAAGGCAUGCAUUGAAGCAGUCGAGUGUUUAUCCAAACAUACAAAAAUAUUAGUUGGAUGUACUGAUAAGCAUAUUUUGGACGUAUUCUUUCAGGAGAUUGGACUUAGGUUCUUUGGGGUUUUAACAAAGCAUCUGAAGAAAUUCGUUGUAAACACAAGCGGUGGCUUUCAAAUUAUCAGCACUCUUCAACAGCCCGCCAUUACGCCACAUUUCAUUGCCCUCAAAGAGCUUGGUAACAUUUUUAUUAUUUCCAAUGCGCGAGAUAUCAGUCUAUUCAUUAGGGAGACCGAAAGAUUCAAUGGUGUAUUUUAUGCUGAAGACAUAUAUGAAUUUUGUCAGAAGAGAGAGGAUUGGAUGAUAAUCAAGAAAGCAGUAGAAAAGGAAUUGUAUGGAUUAAAAGCGGAAGAUUGU